AUGCCACGCUCCUGUAGUAGAUGUUCCGUCCGUGACCAAGCACCUCCUCCCCACCACCUCGUUGAUGAAGGCCCUGUGCUCGGGGUCGAGGUCGAGCGUCAAGCAAGCCCGGGGCGCAAGGGGAAGUCGUCCCUCACCCAGACCACAUCCCCGUCGUCGACCAUGUUGGUGGUGGUUACGUCGUUCGUGUACAUGAUUACAUCCCGCGGCUCGCGCGUAUCCGUGCUGGACUUCGAGUCCGUCUCUGCCUCCAGAUGUCUGGCUACACGUGAACCCGAACGUCCCAAAGUCAUGGACACCGGCGAGAUCUGCUUGACCACAUACCUCUACCUCUAUCCCAUUUUCCACGGAUGCGUCUUCCCAUCCAGAGACACCUCGCACGUAUCCGGGUACAGCGAGGUGUUUACGAUGCCGGUCGCAUGCAUCAACAGGGACCUGAGCAUGAAGAUGAUCAUGAACAGGCUCAGCAACGCGGACACGAUCAAGUGGACGGAGGCGGAGCGGUACAUCAUCUCGUCCUGGAUCGACGAUGUGAUCAAGCUUGACGAGGAAGGUCCGUGGACCAUGAACAUCUCGUUCAGGAUGGGAAGAGGUCACGAGCGGAUCAUCGUGUGCGCGAACAUCAAGAUCGACAAGCCCACGCGUGCGUUGCCGAACACGGACGCGGACCAUCCCAAGAGCGUGGCCAAGUUGAUACCCGUGCCCGCGAGCGAGAUCUGGCAGUUGAGGUUAGCAGCAGCGGCGCUCGGUCUGGGGUCGGGCGGGGGGUUGUAG